AAUUUCUUUUCCCUCAUUUUGAGUAAGAUCGGUGACGGCAAAACUUCCCGCACCGAUGUCAAGUCCCUAUUUUUUUUUUCCUCGCUAAUAAAUCCUUAUAUCUUGUGGGGUAUUAUUACAUAACCAAAACGUAUUUAAGACGUCAAAUAUCCAAAUAUUCAUAAUACUGGAAAUGUUUUAAACUACACAAAAAAACAACCCUCAUAAUGGCUCCAGUACAAGCUGAAAAAACCGAAUUCCUCAAUUCUUUAAAACCAGAAAAUGUUGAACCUUUAUGGACUGUGAUGUCCGCUAUGGUUCCACCUGUUCCUCAACCAAAAGCUACUCCAACUGUCUGGAGAUAUAAAUCUCUUAGACCAUUAUUAGGUGAAGCUGGUAGAUUAGUUCCUGCUGAAGAAUCCGAAAGAAGAGUGUUAAUGUUGAUUAACCCUUCCUUAAAGGCUCCACAAACUACUGAUACUUUAUAUGCUGGUCUUCAAUAUAUCAUUCCUGGUGAAGUUGCACCAGCUCAUAGACACUCUGCUUUUGCAUUAAGAUUCAUUAUUGAAGGUGAUGGUGGUUUCACUAACGUUGAAGGUUCUAAGAUGUAUAUGGAAAGAGGAGAUGUCAUUCUUACUCCAAGAUGGCAAUGGCAUGAUCAUGGUAAGGAUGGUAAUGGUCCUAUGAUCUGGUUAGAUGGUUUAGAUUUACCAAUGUUCCAAGCUAUCCCAGUCAACUUUGCCGAACAUUAUAAGGAAGAUCGUUUCCCAAGUACUGAUGUUGAAGAAACUCCAUUGAAAUUCCCAUGGAAAGGAGUUCAAGAAUACCUUGAUGCUAUUUCCGGUGACCAUGCUAUCUUUGAUUACAAGUCCAAGGAAAAGAGUGGUGCUGAAUUAUCCACAAUUGUUGGUGGUCAAGCUGAAAGAAUCUCUCCAAAUGCUAAAUCCGCAUGGAGACAAGAGAGCAGUUCAUUUGUUUACCACGUCUAUGAAGGUCAUGGUCACACUGUGAUCACUGAAGCCAAUGGUGAAGAAACCAUCUUACAAUGGGAACAAAAGGAUACCUUCUGUAUUCCAUCAUGGAAGAAAUUCAGACAUGUUAAUGAAAGUUCUUCUCAAACUUAUCUUUUCAACUUCUCUGAUACUCCAUUACUUAAGAACUUAGCUAUCCACAGAGUUAACUCUGAUAUUUAAGCUCAUUGCAUAUAGACUGCACUCUUUUUAUGAUAUAUAUUAUGUUUCAACUUUUUUCUAUUUAUAAAUUACGAAUAAAUUUUCAGGUAAAAUUAAACUAAUGAAUGAAUGAAGUAGCUAAUUGCAAUAACUAGAGCUCAUUGGUGCCCCUAAAAUACCCCUUUCAAGA